UCCUCCGUCAAAGCAGGCCAGCAGUUUGGUGUCUGGUGAUAAAAAGCCGAAACGUCGGGGCCGUUUUGCAUUCCCGUUCUGGUUCGAUUCGAUCUGCGCUUGAAGCCAUAACCGCUCCGGUUCAAGGCGAGGCGGGAGCCCCCGGGAAAAGGAUCCCGCCAUGACCGAGUCCAUGAGGAAGAGGUUCGACAAGUUCUUGCACGAGAAGAACUGGCUGAACGGCUUGCUGGCUAAAAUCGAGAGCCAGACCGGCGUGAACAGGACCUACGUUGCCUUCGCCAUUAUUACUGUGCUGGCCAUCUAUCUGGUGAUCGGCUAUGGAGCAUCCCUGCUUUGCAACGUGAUCGGGUUUGGUUAUCCUGCAUACAUGUCCAUCAAGGCCAUUGAAAGCCCUAACAAAGAUGACGACACACAGUGGCUGAUCUACUGGGUGGUGUAUGGCGUCUUCAGCAUAGCAGAAUUUUUCUCUGACAUCUUUCUUUCCUGGUUCCCUUUCUACUACAUGUUGAAGUGUGGCUUUCUGAUCUGGGGCAUGGCCCCAAGUCCCGCCAAUGGAGCUGACAUGCUUUACAAACGAUUUAUCCGCCCUUUCUUCCUGAAGCACGAAAGCGAGCUGGAUAAAAUAGCAAAGGAUCUGAAAGACAAAGCUGCGGAGACAGCUGACUCUAUUACUAAAGAAGCUAAAAAAGUAACAAUAGGUUUACUGGGUGAUGAGAAGAAGAGCACCUAAAAGCGUUAACUGGAAGAUAAGUUUUUUCAUCACUUCCCUUAUACAGUUUGAUGUUACUGGGGACUGUGAUAUAGUAAUUUGAAUAAUGUUGCCUUGUAAACACUAUUUGAUUUUAUUAAAGGAAUGUGCUGUAAGAUGGCUUGCUUUUUUUUGGCAGUUCUCUGUACUGAAAGUAAGCAUUUUUAUUUAAAACCAAUGCAGUGGGUGUCAUCUAAAGCUUAUCUGGAUCAGUUUAUUAAUCCCCUGAGCGAAGAACGGACUUUCAGUAGUGUCUUGUCUUGAAGUUAAUGUAAAUUUCAAAUAAAAUAUGCCCCAGGCUCUGAUGAUUUA